GCUUGGCGCUGCUUGAGAGUGCGGUGGGGGCGUUCGUGCAUGGCAGCGAGGACGAGCACUGGGAGGUGCGGGUAGCCACGCUGGAGGCCAUGGCGAGCCUGGCGGAGGGGGAGUACCGUACGGUGGUGGCAGCAGCCGUUACAGCUGCUGAAAGCGCGUCCGUUGGAGGAGGCGGCGGCGGAGCAGGCGGCGGUGGCAGUGGUGGUAUUGCUGCAGGGGCGAGUACGGCAGCAGCAGCGGCGGCAGGAGCAGCGGGGUUGUCUGUACGUAUUGGCGGCAUCGGGGGCUCGGCUGGAGGCAGGAUAGCCGCCGGCGGAGGCAACGUGGAGGCGGCAUCCGCGGUGUGCGAGGCCCUCACAGAUGCGCUGCUGGACGAGCUGCCGGAGGUACGGCAGGCGGCGGCGGCGGGUGUCGUACGACUGCUGAAGCUGGAAGCCGAUGCGCGACGUCAACUGGCGGCAGCGGCGGCGGAGACGGCGGCAGCGGUGCCGCCGCCCCGUCGCAGCCUGCCUGCGCUGUUGAAUGAUGAAAUGGUCCGGGGCCUUAUAACUGCCGUACGGGAUACG